CCACGAUUAUAUAGCGCCUUGCGGGAGGCGCGAUCGCCAGUAUUGCCCGCUGCGCGUGGCUGGCUGGUAGUUUGUGGUGAUUGUCACUUAUUUUAUCGCACGAAAGAACCACGUGGCCGUGGUGGAAGGAACGUGGUUUGCCCCCCCGCACGAUGACGAAAGAAAGCGCCGGCGGAACAAUCGGCGCGGAAAUGAUCCACGUGCCGAAGAAAAGCGGUCGUGGAAGCGUCAAGGACGGCGCGAUCGACUUCAUCGCCGGUUCGCUCGGUGGUGUAGCUCUUGUUUAUGUAGGCCAACCACUAGACACGGUAAAGGUAAAGAUGCAGACCUUUCCAUCCAUGUAUAAAAGCAUGGUGAAUUGUUUUCUGCGUACGUUGAAGACAGACGGUAUCACGAGGGGUUUAUAUGCCGGAACGAUUCCGGCAGUCGUCGCCAAUGUAGCCGAAAACUCAGUACUGUUCGCAGCAUAUGGUGGAUGUCAAAAGGCAAUCGCUCAUUUAUCAGGUGUACAAAACGUGAAAGACUUGAGUUCCUUCAGCAACGCUUGGGCCGGCUUUUUUGCCGCAUUCUUCUCUUCGUUGACGCUGUGUCCAACGGAAUUGAUAAAGUGCAAGCUGCAAGCGAUGAUGGAAGUCGAACAAGCUGCCGGGAACAAAUCGAGGAGACCUCGCGUAGGACCGUGGAGUUUGACGAGGCAGAUUCUUAGGGAGCAAGGUGUAAGAGGCCUGUUUACAGGUCUCUCAUCGACGAUAGCCCGUGAAAUGCCAGGCUAUUUCUUCUUCUUUGGUGGUUACGAGGCCACGAGGAAAUUGUUGGCCGCAAAGGGUCAAAAUAGGGAUGAUAUCGGGUGGCAAAAGACGAUGGUGGCCGGUGCAGUCGGUGGCGCGUUGCUUUGGCUAGCAAUAUUUCCAGCCGAUGUCGUUAAGAGUAGAAUACAGGUAUGUUUUCGGCACUAAAAAGAUGCAUAUCAUAAUAAAGCUGUAGCGCAAAGAAAUGUUUCUCAAUAUUUCUCAUCUGUUUUACUCAGGUGCAAAACAUAAAAACGCCUGCCUUGAUAGUUUUCAAGGAUAUCGCACGACAAGAAGGUAUCGGUGCACUGUACA